GACCCCAGUCUCACCUGAGGACAAGAACAGAAAAGGCCACCAAGGAGUAAGCAAGCAUGGUCCCAAUGGACGAGAGGUUCACAAGGUCACCGAGCUCAAACAGGAAAGCCAUGAUUGCUACAGUCAGGGCACAAAACAGGGCCCAGGAUACCCGAGAACCAGACAGCAGAUAGGGCGAGAGCGUCCAGCACUGACCUGGAAGACAGGGCACAGAGGGUGCCGAUGGCCACAGCAUAUCUGAUGGGGGCCCAUCCAAUGUGGACGAAAGCCUCCGGCAAGGGGUUCUCGGGACAUAUCAGGUAGUAGGGCACCAUGAGGGUGAGCGCUGCUGAGACACCAAAAUAGGCCAAGAAGCAGAUGAAGAUCGAGGUCACGGUGCCCAAGGGGAUGGAGUGGUGAGGGUGGAGGGCUUCUUCUCCUGCGGGACAGGGAUGGAGGGGGGAGGGUGGAGGGCUUCUUCUCCUGUGGGACAGGUAUAUGCACCGGGCGGUGAGGGUAGAGGGCUUCUUCUCCUGCGGGACAGGGAUGGAGUGGUGAGGGUGGAGGGCUUCUUCUCCUGUGGGACAGGUAUAUGCACUGGGCGGUGAGGGUAGAGGGCUUCUUCUCCUGCGGGACAGGGAUGGAGCGGUGAGGGUGGAGGGCUUCUUCUCCUGCGGGACAGGGAUGGAGUGGUGAGGGUAGAGGGCUUCUUCUCCUGCGGGACAGGGAUGGAGCGGUGAGGGUGGAGGGCUUCUUCUCCUGUGGGACAGGUAUAUGCACUGGGCGGUGAGGGUAGAGGGCUUCUCCUGCAGGAUAGGGAUGGAGUGGUGAGGGUGGAGGGCUUCUUCUCCUGCGGGACGGGGAUGGAGCGGUGAGGAUGGAGGGCUUCUUCUCCUGAAGGACAGGUAUAUGCACUGGGCCAGGAAAACGCACGGAAGCGAGGGUGCGAAACCUUCUUCCCUCUUCACCAUCCGAGAGCAGGGAAGCCUUCAAUGAAACCGGUGCCCAGCGGCCGCCCAAACUGUGCCCAAAUCCCCAAUGAGACAGAAUGACCGUGCUACCUGUGGUGGCGACGCCAUCAAAACCCACAAACGCAAAGAAACACGUGGCUGCUCCGUGGAGAAUCCCGCCAAAGUCAAAAGGCACAAACCCUCCAGAGCCCGGGGAGCCCAAGCUACGGGGACAGAAGGAACAAGAAACAUUGUUCUUAUCCCUGGACCUGAACCCAGGCGCACAUCUGGAUUAGAAGAUGCCAGGCUCAGAGGAUCUUCGUAAAGGCAAGGACCAGAUGCAUUCACACAGGAAACGAACCAUGUUCACUAAGAAGCAACUGGAAGAUCUGAACAUCUUGUUCAAUGAGAACCCAUACCCAAACCCCAGCCUUCAGAAAGAAAUGGCCUCGAAAAUAGACAUACACCCAACAGUACUGCAGGUCUGGUUCAAGAAUCACAGAGCAAAACUCAAGAAAGCCAAAUGCAAGCACAUUCAUCAAAAACAAGAAACUCCACAACCGCCAGUACCAGAGGGUGGGGUCACCACCAGUGUCGGCCUGAGAAAUGCAGACACACUACCCAGAUUGCCCAACGCUGCUCACCCGAUCGGCCUGGUGUACACGGGUCAUCGAGUCCCCUCAUUCCAGCUCAUCCUGUACCCCAACCUCAAGGUCCCUGCAAAUGACUUCACUGGUCACAGAAUAGUCCAUUUUGGCUGCUGCCAAGAUCCUAACAUAUACUGCCUCUACCCAAUUUUGGAAUCCCAAGUUUGCGCCCCAAGCUUCCAUUCUGGCUCUUCUGCCUGUUCAUCUAACCAAAGUCGAGAGAGAUGAUAAAUACAAAAAGUCACAUGU